AAAAUGUGUGAGCCCGAAGAUUUCUACAAGGAUGCCGUUAUAUUUGUAACAGGUGCCACUGGCUUUGUGGGCAAAACUUUGUUGGAAAAGUUGCUUUGGAGUUUUCCACAAAUCGCACAUAUCUACAUAUUGAUACGAGAAAAGAGCGGCUUAACGGUGGCGCAACGUUAUCAGGAUUUUGUGCAACACAAAAUAUUUGAGCGCUUACGUACGCACUUUCCAGAGCGGCUGGAAAAACUAGUCUAUCUGAAGGGUAACAUUGAGUGUGACGAUUUCGGCUUGAGUUCCAACGAUCGCCAACUGCUAGGUGCGCAUGUGCAGAUAAUUUUCCAUAGCGCAGCGACAGUUCGCUUCAAUGAACGUUUGAAAGUUGCCGCAUGUGUUAAUGCCAUCGGUACUUGGCAUCUUUUAGAGUUGUGCAAGCAAAUGCCGAAUUUAAAGAGUUUUGUCUACGUCUCCACAGCUUAUUGUAAUCCGGGUCGGAAAUUUGUCGAUGAACAAAUAUAUCCCACACUGCCGCCGGUGAAUUGGAAAAUGUUUGUGGAUUGCACUAAUAAAAUACCAGAUGCAUAUUUCAAUAGUUUGGCUAAUUAUAUUAAGGGCCCACAUCCGAACACGUACACCUUUACCAAAUCGAUAGCCGAACAAAUUGUGAAUGAUUACAAACACUACGUACCAAUUGUUAUCGUACGACCGUCAAUUGUGACAGCAGCACACCGUGAACCCUAUCCAGGUUGGAUUGAUAACAUACAAGGUAUCACCGGCAUUAUGAUGGAAAUUGGAAAAGGUACGAUAAGCAGCAUUUUAGGGGAUAAGGACAUUAUAUGCGAUAUAAUACCAGUCGACUUUGUAGUCAAUUCUCUUAUACUAAUGGCACAAAAGGCAACGUUGGGAAGAGUUUACAUUGCCAACGCUACAUCGGGCGUCACAAAUCCCAUCACGUGGGCGCGUCUCGGUUGUUUGACGUUGAAGUGGUCGCGUAUAUAUCCAACCAAACGCAUUAUGAUGUAUCCACAUUUUAAAUAUCGGAAAAGUUUUUUGAUGCAUGAAAUUGCGGUAAUCAUACUACAUUAUGUACCGGCAUUGCUAAUGGAUUUGCUCACCUUGUUGCAAAAGAAACGAAAAUUUGUCUUGCCAAUUGCGAAAAAGUUUCGACAAGCCUGUUUGGCAGGUCGUACGUUCUCGCUGAAUGAGUGGAUUUUCAAAAACAAAAGUCGUUAUUACUUCGAAGAGUUGCUACAACACAGCUCAACCCUACACGAAUUAUCUUGGAACUUGGAAACCUUGGAUUAUGAUAGCUAUAUAAGAGAAUUUGUUAUUGGCAUACAAAAAUAUCUACAUCACGAACAAUUUCAUGACAAUGCUAAAAAGUGGAAGAUCACACGUUUAUAUUGGACCUGGACAUUUUUACACACAUUUCUACCACUAUUGGGUAUUUAUUGCUUGAUAUAAAAUAAUUUGGUUCAGCUUAAGCG